CAAGAUUAGAGGAUGCAGAAGAGAAGCUUCAUCAAGAAAGAGAAAGAAAAGUUUAUAUCAAGUGUAGAGGAAGGGAAGAGUUGAAAGAGGUAGCAGAAGAUAUGUUUGUUGAUGUGAAGGAAG